AUGGCAGAGUUGAGUAAUCAAGUUGAGAAAUUGGACAUCAACGUUGGUUCGGAUCGCAAGGGAGGAUACGUUCCACCACAUUUGAGGAACUCUGGAGGCAGAAGGCCAAGAAACGACGGGUUUGAAGCGGGUCGUGGUGACAGGAGCGGCAGUAGGGGGAGUUUUUUCGGAUUUGACCGGCGCAGUGAGGGAAGAGGCGGAUUUGGCAGAAACAGCGGCGGUAGUGGGUUCAGACCAGCAGGUACUGGUAAAUGGGUUGAUGGGAAACAUGUUCCAGCGGCGAGAAACGAGAAGAUGGAGGUGCAGUUGUUUGGGGUAGCGGAGGAUCCAAACUUCCAGUCUUCUGGUAUCAAUUUUGACAACUAUGACGACAUUCCCGUGGAGGCGUCUGGUGAGGAGGUGCCGGAGCCUAUUACGGAGUUUACGAGUCCUCCUUUGGACGAGCUGUUGUUGGAGAACAUCAAGCUGGCUCGUUUCACGAAACCCACUCCGGUGCAGAAGUACUCGGUUCCGAUCGUGGCCAAGGGCAGAGAUCUGAUGGCGUGUGCUCAGACCGGUUCUGGUAAGACGGGUGGGUUUCUGUUCCCUGUUCUUUCCGAGUCGUUCAGCACUGGUCCCUCUCCAGCUCCAGAGGGUGCGAAGGGCUCGUACAUGAGGAAGGCUUUCCCAACGGCGGUUGUGUUGGCUCCUACCAGAGAGUUGGCUACGCAGAUUUUCGAUGAGGCUAAGAAGUUCACUUACAGAUCGUGGGUUAGGCCAACUGUGGUGUACGGUGGUGCCGAUGUCGGUUCUCAGAUGAGAGAGCUGGACCGCGGUUGUGACCUGUUGGUCGCUACCCCAGGUCGUUUGAACGAUCUUUUGGAGCGUGGUAAGAUCUCGUUGGCUAAGGUCAAGUAUUUGGUUCUCGACGAAGCAGACAGAAUGUUGGAUAUGGGUUUCGAACCUCAAAUUAGACACAUUGUGGAAGGUUGCGAUAUGCCUGGCGUGGAAAACAGACAAACCCUGAUGUUCUCGGCUACUUUCCCAGUGGACAUCCAGCAUUUGGCCCGUGACUUCUUGAGCGACUACAUCUUUUUGUCAGUCGGUAGAGUCGGUUCCACUUCGGAAAACAUUACGCAAAGAAUCCUGUACGUGGAGGACGAGGACAAGAAAUCUGCUUUGUUGGAUUUGUUGUCGGCCUCCAACGAUGGUUUGACGUUGAUUUUCGUGGAGACUAAGAGAAUGGCCGAUCAGUUGACCGAUUUCCUGAUCAUGCAAAAUUUUGCUGCCACUGCUAUCCAUGGUGACCGUACCCAGGGCGAACGUGAACGUGCGUUGGCUGCGUUCAGAUCUGGUAGGGCAAACCUAUUGGUUGCCACUGCUGUCGCAGCAAGAGGUCUGGAUAUUCCAAACGUCACGCAUGUGAUCAAUUACGAUUUGCCAAGCGACGUCGAUGACUACGUUCACAGAAUUGGUAGAACUGGUCGUGCCGGUAACACUGGUGUCUCCACCGCAUUCUUUAACAGAGGUAACAAGAACAUCGUCAAGGGUUUGGUCGAAAUCUUGACUGAAGCCAACCAAGACGUCCCAGCGUUCUUGAACGAUAUUUCUAGAGAAUCUUCUGGUAUCAGAGGUGGAAGAGGCGGUGGCUUCUUCAACAGCCGUGCUAGUGGUUCAAGAGAUUACCGUAAGCAAGGUAACGGUAACGGUUCGUGGGGUGCCUCCAGAAGUGGUGGUAGCAACUGGGGUUCAUCCGGCUCAAGGGGCGGUGGUUCCUGGGGCAGCAGCAGAUCCUCUGGAUGGGGCGCAUCUGAAUCUUCCGGUAACUCAUCCUGGUGGUGA